AACGCCAGCCUGGAAGGCAGAGUCCAGCAACAGACUGCUAGAAUCAAAGUUCUUCAGAAAGAGCUGCGUGGCUCUGCCUCUGUUCAUAAUCGCCUGGAGGACCUGAUCACUGGCUUACGGACAAGACGCGUGCUUUCGGAAGAAGACCCAAGUCAGCAGUGUGAGAGCAAAAGCAAGUCAAUGAAGAAGCUGGUAGAGUGGAAGCGACCAGCAGAAGCCCGACUGGAGCAGGAAAUGAGAAGAAACAUGGAACUGCAGAAAGAAUGCAACAGGUCCAGGAGGCUUCUUGAAAGAGCUAUGAAGAAACUGAGGGCGUAUGAGAGGCGAGAGAGUGAGUCCCAGUCGGAUUUCCAGGGCGCAAUGGAGGACACGCGUUCUGGAAGGGGCAGCGAAGUUGGUAGAUUAAGAACAAAGGUCCGUGAACUUUCCCACUGGCUGGCGACAGAGCGGAGAAGGUCGAGGCAGCUAGAAAAAGCAAAUGAAGGCUUGCGCGAAGAGUUGGCUUGGCUGCAUGGGAGCUGUGACAAACUGCGCAAGAGGAAGCAGCAUCUGGAAGAAGAGGUGGUUGUCCUCAGGCGUCAUUUAGAGGCCAAGAUGAUGGAUCGCAGCCACGUAGAAGUCUAUAAAAAGGAGGCUGAACAAAGAGCUGGGCGAGAGCUAAGGCAAAAACUGCAGGAAGUCAAUCUCUUUCUGCAGACACAGGCAGCCACCCAGGACCGAGUGGAACGCAUAAGAGCUGCUACUGAAGCUUCCACGGUAGGCCGACUGCAGCAGAGAAUUAGGGAUUUAGAAGAUGAAUUGGCUCUCACAAAACGCCUGCAGCGAGCCAGAGCUAAUGUGGGGCUUGCGGAAGCUGGUGCUGCACAUCGUCACGAGUGCUGCAGGAGCCGCUCUUUGACGACGAACCCCGUGGGCAAUGCUUCCUCUGUGGCAGACCGAGUGGAAGCUCAUAUGGCUGAGGUGCGGCGGGAAUGGUCAAAAAUAUCGCUGAAGAACUUGAGCAAGGUAAUUUGUCAGGAUAUGUUAGCAGUGUUGUGAAGGAAGAUGACCGUUCCUAGUUUCUGGACACAACUACUUGAAAGCUGUCAAGCUCCUGUGCUAAGCACAGCUGUUUUCUACUAGCUUUCCAAGCUAGAGCUUUAUGUGAAAACUUCCUGCUUAUCCAAAUAAUAGUGGCACAGAAUUUAUGCAGUUGCCUUUAAGAAAAACAGAAAAAACAGUG